ACCUGAUAACUAUUAUAAGUUAUUUUCAGAAGUAUAUAGCACAGAUACAACAGAGAUGUAUUGUCCUUCAUUACAAAAUAGAAAAUCACGCAAUAUGCCAAAAAAAGCAGAAAAAAAGUUCAGAGUUUUAUAUGCCUGUCGAAAAAUAUCAGAUGAGCAAUAUCAAUUACUUCAGACUUUUAUUGACUCUAUAGAAUAUAGUUGUGGAGUUACAUUUAAGGAUAUUUCAGAUUUAACAGAAAUAUCAGAACAAAAUAAAUUAAAUAAUAAGGAAGUAGAAUCAGAAGAAAUUGUGAUCAAGAAAAUAAAAAAAACAGAACGCAAAGUUGAUCCUAUAGCUGAAUUAUUCAAAUUGUUCAAAUAG